AUUAGGAGGUAGAAGACGUGAGUGGAAAGGAGUAGCAGCUUAUAGUACUACGAGUUGCACAUCUAUAUCAGUAUCAAUUGACCUCUUCACAUGGCCUCACCACAAGCUUAGAACACACGGGAAAAAUGGGGAACACUCUGCAAGCACCUCCCCAAGUCCUACCACCCCAACAACCACAGCAACAUCAAAAAAUCGCGGGCGGAGAAGAAAAUCAAGAAUUCACCUGUGAAAUCUGCAUCGAGCCCACUUCAAAUGCAGACAAGAAAUUCACAAACACCAACAGAUGCUCCCACCCCUUCUGCACCGACUGCAUGAUCAAGUACAUCCGCGUCAAGCUCGAAGACGACAACGUGGGCCACAUCAAAUGCCCCGCUUUCAACUGUGAUCACACCCUCGACCCGCUCGCUUGCGCUUCGCUAGUUGGCCCGUCGCUCUUCGUGCGGUGGUGUGAUGUGCUGUGUGAAGCUGCGAUUGUGGGUUUCGAUAAAUGCUACUGCCCGCACAGGAAUUGCAACGCGCUGAUCGUGAAUGAGUGUGGGGGGAAUGUGAAGAAGUCGAAUUGCCCGAAUUGUAGAAGAUGGUUUUGUUUUCAGUGUAAGAGGGUUUGGCACGCGGGGUUUGGGUGUGACGAGAGUGGGGAAUUGAGGGAUAGGAAUGACAUGGCGUUUGGAAGGCUGGUUGAGCAGAAGAAGUGGAUGAGGUGUCCGCGGUGUAGACAUUUCGUCGAACUGUUGGAAGGCUGUCAAAUUGUGAAAUGCAGUGCAGAUGUGGGAUCAGUUUCUGCUACAAGUGCGGGAAGCAGGUUCAUCAGCACUGGUGCCGAUGCGACACUACCUCUGUGUGCUGCGAAUGGUGCUUCAGGAUUUGUAUAGUUCUUAUCUUCCUAACUUUUGCGCUUUUUUUCUUGGCUUGGGAGACGGCAAGGCGCAGACGGAUUACUUAAUAAGUAUGAGCUUGUUAUAGUUGGGAACAUCCGGAUGUCGAGUGGGUUUGCAUUGUAUAGCUUUGGGAAAGUGGAGACAGGUUGCAACAUGAGGGGAAAUUCUUAGGAGGUCCACGAAUUUGGACUAUCGAACAAUCACAAUCAUUUGUGUAAAAUAUAGAUGAUUAUGAUUGUCUUGAAACCUGAAGUGUGAGGACCUCCUAAAAAUGAUACGAUGUUUCAGCUUUCGUAUAUAAUCUCCUCCCUUUAUUCUGGUGCAACACCAACCCUAGUCAGGAAUCAUGUAUAAACUUGUGAUAUUGUAGUAGAAUUGUUCUUCUACUGAUGCGCACUAUUGUAUGUUGUAACUUAACAGAAGCAGUAGCUGUUUGCUGUUAACAUUGAAGCCUUUUGAGCUAGCGACCAAGUUUGUCGGUUUUAUUAAGAAAUGAAACAAGUAGUGACUCUCUGAUUUGGCUGCUAUGGGCAGAGUUAA